UUAUGUGUCUACAAUGAUAUUUUUUUUUUUGAGGGGAAUUUGUUUAUUUAUUUAUAUGAACUUAUCUUAUCUCUAUUCUAUAUGUCAAGAAGGGUAGGACACCAAAAAAUACAGAAAAACAAGUCACGGCUCACUCUCAUUAAAAAAAAUAGAAAAAGUAAAAAUAGAAAAGGAAAUACCUUUUAAUUAAUAAAAAAAAAUAAAAAAUGAUAAAAACAGUCAACCAUUCAAAAAUAUAAUUAACAAUUAAUUUAAUUUUCUACCUUCUUAAAAAAAAUUUAAUUUUAUACGUAUUUUCGACUUUUCGCACAUAUUUGCAUAUAAAACUAGUUUAUUCGAAUGUUGCUGAUGCAAUAAAAAUGCUCGACCCCAAAUUUGGGCAGUUUCUCACUUUCUCCAUCGCUUUGGAAAGAUAGAGAGAAAUGGAGCACAACAAAAUGAACAUAGCAGAAGAAGAGCUACUCCAACUUCAAUGGAGGAGAGAGACUGUACCUAGGGUUUUCACCAUUGUUAGUUCCAAGCUUUCUCAACGUGACCUUGUCUCUCUCUUACUCGUCAGCCCUUGGCUUCAUCGCACUCUCAUCUCCUACCUUCCUCUUUGGGAGGUUCUUGAUUUUCAUGAGAUGAGCAAUGCCGGAAAUAGGCUCUUAGCUGCUCUCUCACUGCCUAGGUAUAAGAAUGUGAAGCAAAUAAACCUUGAAUUUGCACAGGAUAUUGAGGACAAUCAUCUUGAACUCCUCAGAGAUAAGUGCUACAGCUCUGUUCUGAACCUUGAGAUCCUUAACUUAAAUGGAUGCCAGAAGAUUUCUGAUAAAGGAGUUGAAGCCAUCACCAGUGCAUGUUCAAACUUGAGAAUCUUUUCGAUAUAUUGGAACGUGAGAGUAACAGAUGUCGGCGUUCAACAUCUCGUUAAGAAUUGCAAACAUGUUAUCAGUUUGAAUUUAAGUGGAUGUAAGAAUAUUUCAGACAAAAGUUUGGAAGUUGUUGCUGAUGCAUAUCAAGAACUGGAGUCAUUGAACAUCACAAGGUGCAUCAAGCUGAGUGAUAGUGGUUUGCAGUGCAUAUUGUACAAAUGUUCCUCUCUUAAGAGCCUCAAUUUGUAUGCCUUGUCUAGCUUUACAGAUGAAGUUUACAAGAAUAUGUCUCGUCUUGCUCAUCUUAGAUUCUUAGAUCUUUGUGGAGCUCAGAACCUAUCUGAUCAUGGACUAAUGUGCAUUGCUGAAUGUAACAAUUUGGUGUACCUUAAUAUAACAUGGUGCGUGCGUGUCACUGAUGUCGGAGUCAUAGCCAUAGCAAAAGGAUGCACUUGUCUUGAGCUACUGAGCUUAUUCGGAAUUAUUGGGGUGACUGAUAAGAGUCUCGAAGCUCUCUCCGCGUCAUGUUCGAAUACACUUAAAACACUUGAUGUGAAUGGGUGCAUCAACAUUAAGAGAAGAACUCGUGAAGAGCUGCUUCAAUUGUUCCCAGUAUUGGAGUGCUUUAAAGUGCAUAGCUAAUGCGAUGCUUCUUCGAGCACGCAGAUAUUCAUCUGCAUCUGUAUUGACAGUUCAUGCAAUUAUUUAAAGAAGUUUAUCAUAGUUGACCAACCGCAGUAGCAGAGGGUGCUGCACCAGCUUCCUCUGAGCAGACAAGAAAAAUCUUUGAUUCAUGACAUGCUGUAACAGUGGUAGAAUCUCUAGUUUAUGUCGUGAUAUGAUCAGCUUUUGAUUUUUCAUUACUUCAAAUUUAUGCAAUUUAGCAGCACCUCAAGGUGGGUGUGUAAUAUUUUAGAGCGCUAAACUGCAUCCAGAUACACACAUUACACAGGUUGCAUAAUUGGCAUCAUAUCCAGAUUUUAGUUUGAUUUGAAAUUUUUGUUAGCCAGAGAAGAUGAAAGAGAAGUCAUCAGGUUCAUCGGUCAAUUAAGCUACCAGAACAUUGUUUCUAAUAGGAUGUAUUAUUAUGUAGGCCAGUAGGCAACUUCUGUAAGCAAAAGUUGAAUGAUUUGUAUGAUACAGUUUAUAUAUCUGCAAGUUUUACUCCCAUA